AUGGGGCAAAAAGUCCCAGGAGGCAUCAAAACUAUUGAUAUGCGAGAUCCAGCCUUCAGCCCCCUGAAGCUGGAGCUGCAGGCCUUGAAUCACACCAAGCCUUCUCGACUGGACCUGCUGCUGGACAUGCCGCCCACCGGCGCCGACGUCCAGAUCCAGCACUCGUGGAACAACGACGACCGCUCGCUCAACAUCUUUGUCAAGGACGACAACAAGCUGGUUUUUCACCGGCACCCUGUGGCGCAAAGCACGGAUGCCAUCCGGGGCCGUGUGGGCUAUACGCGGGGACUGCACGUGUGGGAAAUUAGCUGGGCCAUGCGACAGAGGGGCACGCACGCCGUGGUGGGCGUGGCAACCAGCGACGCGCCGCUACACUCGGUGGGAUACACCGCGUUGGUGGGGAGCAACAGCGAGUCCUGGGGCUGGGACCUAUGUAGGAGUAAACUCUACCACGACAGUAAGAAUCAUUCGGGAAAAACGUACCCGUCCUUCCUUGAGCCGGACGACACCUUUAUCAUACCGGACUCCCUCUUAGUGGUUUUGGACAUGGACGAAGGAACUCUGGGUUACAUUGUGGACGGCCAUUAUCUAGGGGUGGCUUUCAAAGGACUCAAAGGCAGGAAGCUGUACCCAGUGGUGAGCGCCGUGUGGGGACACUGUGAAAUACGAAUCCGGUACAUAAACGGACUUGACCCUGAACCUCUGUCCCUAAUGGACCUGUGUCGACGCUCGGUCCGGGUGGCUCUCGGGCGAGAGCGUUUGAGCGAAAUCCACAGACUGCCCUUGCCGGCCUUUCUCAAGAACUACCUGCUCUACCAAUGA